AAAACAAUAGAAUUGAUAUGGUUCUAUGGUGCUAAGUUAUCCCGUACUAAGUUGUGAAUUUCCACAAGUUCUAUCCUAGGAUGUAAUCUAAUUCCAUUGCUUAGUAGAGAUGAUACUUUGUGUGUACAUGUGUAUAUGUGCAUGUAUAUAUAUAUAUAUAUAUAUAUAUAUAUGCUUGAAUUUCAAUGUCACAAAUACCAUUAUGUUAUUUUAAUCAUCAAUUCUUCAAACAUAUUCCUAUACAUGUGGGCAAAUGACGACAACUCUUCACACCCAGGCGGCCUUCAAUUGAACUGUUUCCAUUUCCGUGGAACAGCAAUCCAGCGACCCCUUGCAACCGCGGUCGCGGCGCCGACGUGGCGCACACCUCUAAAACUGCGCCCUCUAGAAGAAUCCGACGUGGCAGGGGACUGCGAACACACAUAGGCUCCCUCUUCCUCCUUCCGCUGUAAAGCCGACACUGUAGCCGAUGUCCCGGGAGCCCCUCUCGGUCGCAAUUGCCCUCCUCGCUCGCUUGCUCGCUGGACAGUCGGUCAUUCAGUCAGUCAGUCAUCGAGCCCUGUUGAUCAGAGGCCCAGUCCACCAAUAUGCGCCCCUGCGUGCUUCCUGGCGAUGCUUUCAUGAGUGGCCUCGGGGAAUCGGGGAGAGUGAGAGAGAGAGCGAGAGAGUGAGUGAGUGAAUGAUACUAACCGAGGCAGAGAAGAAGAAGAAGAACACAGAGAGACUGAGAGAGCUCUUGCGGACGGACGGACUGACGGACGAACAAAUGAACGCGAGUCGUAAGUUGUUGCCACGGAAUUGCAGUUGGGGCGAGAGGAAGAGGAAGAGGGGGUGCCGGGUGCAUUGAAUACUGCUGCAUUUAGGUACUUUGACGGGUUUUUCGGGAAAUGAAUUCGGAGGAAAAUUUCGCUGCUGUGAUGGCCGGGGAUCCUCCAGCGUGGGUGGACAAUGAGGGAAUUGGUGCGUCAAAAGAUUUAGGGGUUAAGGAACCUGGUGGUGCGAUACCUCUCUCGGAGAAAGGAGCCGUGCGUUUGCAUCCCAGUGGAGCAACAAAUGGGAACUCCAAGGACGGCAGCGCUGGUAGGCACGAGAGGAACGGCAGCAUGUCGGGCACUUUUCUUGCGGCUCCUGGAUAUUCUCCAUCAUUUGCUUCCCUAGGCGAUACACAUGUCUUCGAAAGUCAUCAUGCCCCAAGAUAUUCCGACACUUUUGAAGGCUUCGAGCCCUCAUGGCUUUCGCAUUCCCAGGAGGUGCAGGAAACACCCAAGGUCACUCGGCCGGAAGGAUUGAGCUUUAUAACCCCUGCAGUUAAUCAUAAAAUCUCCAAAGGCUCUGAAACCCAGGCUUCUGGUCCUGGAACUAAUGAUUUUAGUACUCCUACUACGGUUGAAGGUCAUGAAGGGGGAGCGAAUCAAGAACCGAAACAUCACACUUCUCCCAUUGCCAACCUUGUCGAAAAGCACUCUGCUGAAGCUGUACCCUCAUCUCCUAGUGCCCUGCCAGACCAAUCACCUGCUCUGGGUGGUGUGAAUUCCUUCUCAUUUGGUGGACCACCUCAAACGCCACAAACUCGUGAAAUGUCCCACGAGCCUCACGUCGCUCUUAAGAAGAUCCCGGGACAUGAAUUGGUAGAGUCGUUUAUGACAAAGAACAAGCCAUCUGCUCCUUUAGUUUCGCCUAUAGGGUUAGAUAAGGUUAGUGCUGUUAGUUUUCCAGCAGUUGAAGGCGCUCCUAGCCACAGUGAUGCGGCUCCAUCAUCAGGAACCCAUAAAGAGCCUCAGCCAGUUGUAGAGCAAUCAAAACGGGAUGUUGCCCAACCUGCCCAGCUGACGAGCGAUGAAGCUCUUCUUUCAGCAGAAUCAGCUGUGGUUAGUUCACCAUCUGAAAUAUCCGACACUCUUCAAACAGAUUCACCCAAUAUCUAUAGUGCAGAUUCAUCAAAACCUGAGAAGUCCUCUGAUGCAAGCAAUGUGGCUACCGUUAGUGGAGGAAUUGGGAAAGAAGUUGUGGAAAAGGUUAUCGAACAUGAAACAGCCACGAUAGACGACAAGGGAGUGAGUAGCGCAACCUCGCAGAAUCAAAUAGUGAUUGCACCCGAGAGUUUUGCAUUCUCUAAUGUCGAGGCUGAGAAGGGGGCGCCGAUUUCUCUUUCUACUGAAACUUCUAAACCAGGUGUGUUCAUCAGCAAGCUCAACACAAUACUCACCAAAAAAUGGCGUGGCCCAACCGACGAUGAUCUCCGUGGAAUUGUAGUUAUACCUAAGUAUCUAAGCGAGGAUAUGGCUAACGCAGUUCAAUCUGAAGGAACUGCGGUUCCUAAAGGUCCCCCUCUUGGUGAAAAGAUAGCCGCACCCGCGUGCCCGAUUCUAGUAUUCAUAAACUCUAAAAGUGGGGGUCGACUUGGCCCUGAGCUUAUGAAACACUUUGAAGAACUCAUCAGUCCCAACCAGACCUAUGAUCUAUCAAAGCACUCGCCGAUGGCUGUUCUCCGAUAUGGAGUUGGGUGCCUGGACCAAAUGGCUAAAUCAGGAGACGAGUGCGCUCGAAAGACGGUGGAAAAUCUUCGUAUUCUCGUGGCAGGUGGGGACGGGACCGUUGGAUGGUGUCUUUCUAGUGUAGGAGCUCUUCGAGAGCUAUUAACUAACACAGUUCCUCCCGUUGGAGUUAUUCCGCUUGGCACCGGAAAUGACCUUUCUCGAAGUUUUGGUUGGGGUGGGGAUUUUAGUUCGACGAACAAGUCAGCAAUCAAAAAGUGCCUGGUGAAGGCAUUAUAUUCCAAGGUUGCACCUCUUGAUACGUGGAAAGUAGAAGUGAUGCCUGCUAAAUCCGUUUCUGCAGCCGAUAUUCAUUUUCCACAUGCAAUGCAUCCUCAACAUCAUGUUCCAUUGCCCUCAUCGAUUGCUGGUGAAAAUCAUGAAAAAGAUGAAACAGCUCCUGCGUUUGAGGGAUUGUUUUUCAACUAUUUCAGUAUUGGAAUGGAUGCUCAAGUGGCGUAUGGCUUUCACCAUCUGCGAGAUAAAAAACCCUGGCUUGCUCGAGGUCGCACAGCCAAUCAAAUGAUUUACGGUAGCUUCGGUUGCACCCAAGGUUGGUUUUGCGCUACAUGUGCAGUGUCUCCUCGCGCCAGGGGUGUGUCAAAUAUUUUGAAAUUGUUUGUGAGAAAAAGGGGCGCUAGCUCUAAAGAUUGGCAGUUGAUUCAGAUUCCUAGCAAUAUUCGAGCAAUUGUAAUUUGCAAUUUACAUAGCUACGCGGGUGGGCGAAACCCGUGGGGAAAACCUUCUUCUGGAAGAAGACUAAAGGAAGGUUUUGAGGAGCAAAGGUGCGAUGAUGGUUUGCUGGAAAUCAUGGGGUUGAAGGAUGGUUGGCAUUCGGCUUUUGUUCUCCUUGAAGUUUCCACUGCUGUUCGUCUUUGUCAAGCCGAGGCAAUCAAAAUUGAGCUCAAUGGUCAUGCGCGAAAGAAAGCUUAUAUGCAAAUGGAUGGAGAGCCGUGGAUGCAACCAAUGGGUUCGCAUCUUGACGAACCUACAGUCGUGAUGAUCGAGAAGCUUCCAUAUCCGUCCAUGCUUCUAAAAAGAAAAUAAGAUGAAACUGUUUCUUUACUAGUCCUUGACGUGGUUUGGUGCUUGUAAUUUCUCAAGCUUGUAGAUAUUAGAAAGUUGUUAAAUUUAGGGCAUAGCUUGUGCGUAGACAACUUCAAGCUUGAGCUCAUCUGGUGGGGCUCCUUGCUUGCUAUUAUUUUCAUUGGGUGUUAUGUCCAAUGCCUAAUGAUUUCCUCUUAGAAUAAUGAAGUUCGGGGUCUCUCACACGCGGAGGACUUCUUAGUAUUGCAUCCACGUUUUCUGGCUCGGAUGUUACCAACCUGCUGUGUCGAGUGUUGUGCACAUUUAUCGUGGAAUAUCCACUUCAGCUGGAUCUUGAACCAUUCGGAGCCCGCGUGCGUCUUCAAAUUCUGAUGUACACAGGUUAAGAUCACCCACGCAAGCCAGAAGGGGCUGAAGUCAUGCUGACAUGUAAACGAGGCCAAGGUUGCCCUAAGCGAGUUCUUUGUCCAAGUCAUUGCACUACAGUCCUUGGCCAUCUUCUUGGCGAGUCCGUCUUGAGCUUGUGCUACGGAAUAUGAUCCUGUGUGACCACUUGCAUAACAGACACGCUUCUGGGGGUUGUGCGAAGCUCAUGGUGCACUACAAAAUACACGAACAGCUGAGGUGUUUGUCCAAGCACUGGAUUAACAUAUUGUAGACAGGGAGAAGUAUCUACCCAAGAGGACGACGACGAUUACUUUUGGGAUGGAGUGCUAUGAUUUCUAACUAUUUCUGACAAUUCUAAUGUCCUGGUCUCCUUCGCCGGCCUACUUGAUUCUGAUAAACAUUUUAACUGUGACAUAGCUUCACGCCUUGGACUCAUGGUGGAUCAGCAGAGCUGCAUCUAUGAAAACCAUGUCGAGUAAAAUUCAUUGAUGACAAUGCUGCGUAAAA